AUUUAGACACAUUGGAAAUGAUAGGAACCUCUAUUAAUAGAAAAUUGAAUUAGCUAUUAUCUUCUCUUUAAGAUAAAUAAGAAAAGAUGAUUCAGCAAAAUAUCCUUGAUUUGUAUAGUUAUAUUUCAGAUCCUGAGAUUAAUUUAUACCUAUUCCAACUUUGGUAAUUAAGGAUCACCUAACCUCUAGCUAUCUAGUUUAUGUUACAGAUGACCAAAUGCUAAAGGAGCUCCUAUAUAAUUAUGCAUUUACAAAUAAUGCAAAUUAUUACCGAUUAGAGUGGACAUUAAAGGCAUUCAAUGAAGAUUCUAAAUAUGAGAAAAUUAAGAAAGGCUUUACUGCUUUUAUGAAGGUACUUUUUUGUUAUAUCUAGGAAUUAAAAACAAAGCAUGCUUAAGAACAUAUACUCUAAGGAGGAACUAAUUAAAAGGAAAUAAAUAACUUAGAUGCAUUCACAAUUAAUUGUAUCAAAGGCUAUGGGGAGAAAUAGGAUCAAAUUAUAUUUUAUUUGAUAGAAUAAAGUUUGAGUUUGAAAAGAAUAGAGAUAGAAAAGCAAAAGGAUCAUAUGCGCAGAUUUCUAUAAAAUAUCAAUCAAAUGAUUGUGAGUUUAAGAUUUUAGGACUAACCUGAAUUUAGAGGGUUGACUAUACCAUUUAAUUAUGGCAAUUUAGAUUCCUUCUUAAUAGUGAAUUUGUUGGAGGAUGAGUUUACUUGUUUCAAUACUGCAAAAAGAGUUCCUUAUAAGAUUAUUAUUGAAACAGUAAAGUAAGCAUAUAUUAAUUAACAAUUAGUCCAUCUGAGUUACUAUUGAUAUAGAGUGUAAAUCAAUUGCAUGUAGAAGAUUUGUAAGAACUGGUCCCUUUUUAUGAUAUUGAGAAGGAAAUGAAAACCAUUUCAUAGAUAAAGAUAUAUCAAUAAUAUAAUAUUGAGGAAUUGAAGAAGUAUAAUAUGUUAAAAACAUUUAUUUUAGAUUGGUCUCUAAGAAAGUAGAUUUUCAAAACUUACAUCAUUUCUAGACUUUAAACAAGAUUAAAGAUAAGGACAUAUAUGUGUCCAAAUCGUAAAGCAAGUCUAUUUGGGGAGAAGAUUGGAACAUUACGAAGGAGAAAAUUAAAUAGAAUUCUUAAUAUGGGAAUUUGAAAUCUCACGAGGUUAGGCAGAUUAUAAUAAAAGGAGGAGAUGAUCUCAGAAAUGAGUUAUUGAUAAUGUAAAUGAUGAGAAAAAUCAAUGAUAUUUUUAAAUAGAAGUAGCUUAAGCUUUUCCUCAGGCCUUAUGAUAUUAUUCUGACUUCAGCGAGUAGUGGAAUUUUAGAAUUCAUUCCGAAUACAGUUUCUUUAGAUAAAAUCAAGAGAGAAAAUCCAAAUCUCACUUUGAGACAAUUUUACUAAAAAAAUUUUGAGAACUUCUAAGAAGCUCAACAGAAAUUUGCAGAAAGUUUGGCAGGAUACUCAUUGAUUUGUUAUUUAUUCCAAUUGAAGGACAGACACAAUGGAAACAUUCUAAUUGAUAAUGAGGGUCACAUAAUCCAUAUAGACUUUGGAUUUGUAUUGACCUUAACUCCAGGCAAUAUUGGUUUUGAAUCAGCUCCAUUCAAAUUAAUCAAUGAAUAUGAGGAGUUAUUAAAUGGUAAAGAUAGUGAUAUGUUUGAUUAUUACUAAAUUCUAAUAUUUUCAGGUAACUAUAAUUGGAACCCUAUUUAGGACUUACCAUUUUGUAAGAACAUGUAGCAGAAUUACUUACUUUUGUUAAAUUGAUGCAUUUCAGUCCAAAACAUAAUCUCUUGGCAUGUUUGGAGAAUUUCAAUUUGAAUGACUUCAAGAAAAGAUUCCAUGAAAAUGCUGGAGAUAAGAAUCUGUAUCCUAUUGUGGAGAGUCUAGUUAAGAAAUCAAGUAAUUCUUGGAAAACUUUGUUAUAUGAUUAUUUUCAAUACUAAACCAAUACUAUUUAUUAUUGA